AUAUUCAAGCAGUUAGCGGAUAAGCGAUAGUUGUAAACUCGGAAAUUGUUAUUCUAUUUAACAAAGAAGUUAGUGUUUUAAUUAAUUUUAAUUAUGAAAUUAUGAUAAUUAAAAAAAAACUAAAAUUAUGAAAUCAAUGGCGAUUUUGCUUAGUUUUGAUUGAAGCAAGUCUUGUUCUAAAUAAAAUAAAAAGUAACACCUCCACCAAAUGUGUACAGCAAUUUGUUUGUUCAAAAAUUAGAAUCGUGUGUUUUAAUAGAAAUAAUAAUAAUAACAAUUAAUCAUAAUGCAAUGACGCACUUCAAUUAAAUCGUUUUGAGAUAAAAAUACUAAAUUAAAAAAUUUCAAUUGAAAUAUAAAUUUACCCGCGAGAGCAGUGGUUUGAAUGAGAUUAAGUGAAAUUUAUUUAUAUAAAAAUAUAAAUAUUCUUAAAUCGACACGUGUAUAUAAAAGCAACUGCCAGAUGCCCUCAUUUUGGGUUUCAGAAAAGUGCAAAAACUUGGUUUAAUUAAAAAAGGCAAGUAAAAGGAAAAUUAAUGUAGUGAUUCAGUUGGCAGAAAAAUGUAUGAAAAUAAGUAUUCCGGUAUAAAAGAGCAAGUUUAGAGCACAAACCGGAAAAGAAAAGUCCCCAUUAAAUAAAUAUUUAAAUUAAUUUUAAAAGAAAAUUAGGCGAAUUAAAGUGAUCUAAAUGUUCCCUCCUGCAUAAUUUCAAUUCAAUAAUUAAAUAUAAACGAACGGCUGUUGAAUCUCAAUGGAUUAAUUUAAAGGAAACAAGUUAUGCUCUAAGCAAAUGCUGAUAGAAACCAAUUUACCCUUACUUAGAAAAUAAAGGAAUUUUCCGAAGCUAGAAAAGUGAGCUACUAACCUUAACAUAAAUUUAGCUAAUUAAAUAUGUGCGCUUAGAGAAGGAAAUACUCAACAUACCGUAAUAUACAUACAUAUAGAUUAUGCUUCAAGGAGAAGAAAGAAAGAACGAAAGCGGAAGCUGGGAGUAGCUAUUUCAUACAUAAAUAAUUCAGAGCUUCUACGUACACGCAUACCUAAGCAAAAGUAUUUCGAUUCUACAUAAAUCACAGGCCAAUGCAUUAAGCUUUCUAUACAUUUACAUACAUUUACAUACUUCAGAAUAUAAGCAAAGCAUAUUUAGAUAAACUCAUGUGAAAAGGAACUGAGCGCAGUGCAUGAGGGUCACAGCUGCUGAUAUAAAUAUCCAACUCAUUUGUUUUCGCUUUGUAGAAGCAGUGAAAGUGUCCUUCGCACUUGUCAGAUUGACCAAUGCUGUGCAAUAAAACUAUCACCUCACUAAAUCUCCGUCAGUGAGUAACUAAACUGAGAGCAGUAGCUCGAGUAACGAUGAGAAUAAUCGCCAAAGCCCAACAAAUCGCACACACAUUAACAAUAGUUGGACUCACAGCGACGGCGAAUACUCACACAGCUAUUCACACGGAUAAUUUACUAUCUGCAUACACAACAACAAGUUCCAGUUUAACACCAGCGGCUAGAAUGUUAGCCGGCCUGCCAACAUCCGCCUCCUCCGAUAUUGGCAGUGAAUCUGCAACGCUGACGGAUAUGGCGCCGGCAGUGGCGGCAAAUAGUGAUGAGAGCAUGGAAGAAGGCGGUGUGGGUGUGGAAGCACAGCCGGAUAUUUUGGACGCAUUGCGAAAUGAAUGCUAUGAACGCUUGAAUAGAACCGCAGCUAAAUUUGCGGCAGGUGAAUCCUUCUGCGCUGGCACUUUUGAUGGUUGGCUCUGUUGGCCGGAUACAGCCGCUGGCACAUCCGCCUACGAACGCUGCCCGAAAUUCAUAACCGGCUUCGAUCCGACAAGAUAUGCACACAAGGAAUGCGGAAGUGAUGGUGAGUGGUACAAACAUCCAGCUACGAAUAAAACUUGGUCUAAUUAUACGACCUGCAUUAAUUUCGAUGACUUAGAGUGGAAGCACAACGUUAACCUCUUCUAUAAGACCGGCUACAUCAUUUCGUUGGUAGCCAUAUUGCUUUCCUUAGCAAUUUACAGUUAUUUUAAAUCUCUUAAAUGUGCCCGCAUAACCCUACACAUGAAUUUAUUCACAUCGUUCGCAGUGAACAAUUCACUCUGGUUGGUUUGGUAUUUCGUGGUCAUACCCGACACUGAGCUGGUGGAAAGAAGUCCGCCUCCCUGCAUUGCGCUUUAUAUAAUCCUGCACUAUUUUCUGCUGACAAACUAUUCGUGGAUGCUCUGCGAAGGCUUCUACUUGCAUACUGUGCUCGUGUCCGCCUUCAUCUCGGAGAAAAAACUGGUGAAAUGGCUCGUUGCCUUCGGUUGGGGUACGCCGGCGAUUGUCAUAUUCAUUUAUGCUAUGGCCCGCGGUCUGGGCGGCACUGGUGAUGAGAUUAUACACUGCUGGUUUAAUAGCACGGGCUAUGAAAAUAUACUCAUCGUACAUGUUUGUGUUUCCAUCUUCCUGAAUUUGGUAUUCCUCUGCAAUAUUGUGCGCGUUGUGCUACUUAAGCUGAAGGCACCGGCCAGCAUACAAGGCAGCUGUGGACCCUCACAUACCGUUAUACAAGCAUUCCGCGCAACACUUCUGCUUGUACCCCUAUUGGGACUACAAUACAUUUUGACACCAUUCCAUCCGGAUCCUGGCCAUCCAUGGGAGCAAACGUACGAAGUGUUAUCGGCAGUUACGGCAUCAUUUCAGGGUCUCUUUGUUGCCACACUCUUCUGCUUCUUCAACGGCGAGGUUAUUGCCCAAGUGAAGCGUCGUUGGCGGAAUCUAUGCUUCAGUAAUCGGGCGCGUGCAAAUUCCUACACAGCCACUCAGGUCUCGUUCGUGCGAUGCGGCCCGCCCCAGCCCGGCGAAGAGAAGGUAUGACUAAAGAGCAUGUCGUCGACAAAGUCCCGGCGCGCCUCCAGCGCCGUCACUGGCCGUGCCAGCGAAGCCAGCAGCAGCAGCAUCAGCAAAGCAGGCGCACGCCUGCGCAGUAAUAGCACCGCCCCUACAGCCGCUGGUCAAAAGUCAGCAGGCGGUGUGAUGGGUGGGCUGCGCAAAAUGCCAUUUCUACGGCGAAAAACCGUCGAUCAUCUGCGUAGCAGCCAGCCUCUGAUGGAGGAGGGCGGUGCAGGCGGUGGUGUUGAUGGUUGUGGUGUGGCGGAGGAGACGAAUAGCUGGAAUUGCCAUAGAAAAAACGCGGCAGAAAAUUCGACGACGACGACGACGACGACGAUGGCGACUACAAUGGCGACGACAACAACAACAGCGAAUACACUUGCUACAGCGUCAGCAGCCACUGCUAUUACAACGAGUAGUUACUACAGCAACAAUAGCAACAACCGGCAUAGCAGCAGCGGUAGUUAUAGUAUUGAGGGCAGUUUGGAUGGCAAUGUUCUUGCUGGCGGCACUGUGCUUGUGACCACAACAGCGGUGCAUGCCACUCCAACGACAUACAACAACAAUUUGCACUUGGAUGGCAACAAAAUAGCGGACGAUGCAUUGUAAGGAAAACUUAAAGACAAACCCUAUGGCAGUGUUGCCUUGGAAAAAUGUUGUACAGUGUUGUGGCUCGCCGAGUCCGAGUGUGUGGCAUGCGGCGUGUAUUCAAAAGGUGGCAUGUACCUUUAGUUUGUGCAAAUAUAUUUUUAGACGUAAGUAGUUGUAGCUAACAUGUGAUUUAUUGUACAAUGUGAGAUAUUUAUUACUAUUUUGUUAUUUACCUCAACACCCAUUUCGGUCUAUGGACUUCUCUGAAAGCGAAUGUGGCAUGAUUGAUGAUGUGUGAAAUUCACAUUUGUUUUUUUUUUUUAUUUCCCUAAACCCGACCAGUCUAAAACUGUUCAGUUAGUUGCAAGACAUCUCUAUGACGAAAGGAUGUUGCAGUGCCCAGCAACUGCCCCGAGACUUUCAAUAAAGUACUCAUCGACAUUCUAGAAAAGUAUUGGAACGGAUCUGAAGUCAAAUUGCAAGAAUAAACGUUCCAUUUCGGGUAUUCGGCAAAAACAGUGAUCUGAAGCUUCAUUUUUCUUUUCGAAGUGAAGUUGAGACGAACGCAAAUUAAUUAAAUAAACAUUCUGCUUUCACAAUGAAUGCUUUCGUAUUCGUAAUGAGCCAAAAUUUGGCACAUCGCUAUGAGAGCUCUUGAAAGACAACAUUGUAAAGGUUGUUUUAUUAGACAAAUGGUUUUUAAAAAGACAUACAUUUUUCGAAACUAGAUUUCAGAUAGUUGUUGCUUGAUUGAAACUUUGCAGACUUUCUUCGGAACAAGGUUUGCAAAUGCAGCAGGCUCAUUACCAAUAUAAUACAAAAAAAGAUCAGCGAUGGAGCUCUAUUUUGUUGAAUGGGAGGGUUAAUAAACAAUAUGCCGCAUUGUAGUGGCAUCGUUGCUUCCUCAUUAAGUCCCUGUUUGGUGUGCUCUCUAGGCAGAGUGAAUCAUUGAUCCAUAUUUCUUUAAAAAGUAAGCCGAUUAGUAUUUUACAGUGAAUCCGAAACUGUAUAGAGCUAUGAUGUUUUCAGUGCCUCCAAUUCAGGCCGUUGUUGUGGACGACCUUUCUUAUUAUUAAGAUGGCGCUAUAUGCAUGACGCUAAUUAAGUUAUUGAAGGAAACUUUUCGUGUGCGCGUCGUGGGUCUGUAGCGUGGCCUCCAAGAUCAUGCAACUUAACACCGCUGGACUAUUGUCCAUGUAAAGUCGCUUGUCUACGCAAAUGAUCUCGAGACGCUUGAUACUUUGGAAGAGAAUAUUCGGCGAGUUAUUGCUGGCGUAUGGCACAAAUUGCUUCAAAACGUAGUCGACAAUUGUGCCUCUGAAAUCUCUGAAAUCACUUGCAGCAUUAAACUAUAUGCGUUUUAUUUCUUCUUGGAUGCCAAUGUCUAAGAAAUCUUAUUUCUUAAAAGUAUUUGGGCACCUUUUCAAAAAAUCCACAAAGCAGUUUUUAAAUGAUUGGAGAUCAGUACUUUUCUGUGGAAUCGGUUUUCAGAACAUGGCAAAUUCAUGUCCGAAAAGAAAAGAAAAGAAAAGAAAAGAAAA